AUGGCAGAUUGGGGUAACAUACCAAAAGAUCUCGUCACUAAAAUUUCCAAACACAUGAAAUUAUUAGAAGACUUUGAGGUAUUCGGCCAUGUCUGCUCUUGUUGGAGAUCAGCCGUAAAUGAGGCCAAGUUUCAUGCCAAAAAUACUCAAACUCAAUCAUCAACACUUUCUAGAAUGCCAUGGCUUAUGCUUCCCGAGAAAGACGAAACCUCGAACCAACGUCGUUUUUAUAGUUUCUAUAACAAACAAGUUCGCCAUGUGAGUCUCCCGCAGCCGAACCAUCACAAUAAAAGGUUGUUAUCAUCACGCGGAUGGUUGAUGUCGGUCACUUACAUGAAUUUAAAAGGUUAUUUUAAUCUGUGUCUCAUAAAUCCCUUGACCGGUGCCGUAAUAAAACUUCCUCAGGUGAAUCGUAUACAUUACCCCAUAUGUCAAAUAAAGCACUUUGAGAAAUUCAUAUUGUCAGCAAACCCGUCUACCACUACCGAUUUCACAAUCGGUCUGAUCAUAAACGUAACUCGUAUGAACUUUGAUUUAAGUUAUUCAACCAUCUGUUUCUGGAGAAACCACAACGAAGAAUGGAAACCACUUGAUGUGGAUUUUAUUAGUUUUGAUAUGACCUGUUAUCGUGGAGUAUUCUAUGCUGUUACUGUAACUGCGCCUUCUAUACAGAUUUGGCGUUUGAAUGUCGACAAUUCAGGUCAUCCGCAAGAGUUAGUGAUCCAAAUAGAGUCUCAUCGAGACUUGAUACCGAAAUCAUUUGAUUAUUAUAAAUAUGUAGUGAACUACUACUUGGUUGAAUCAGGAGAUCGGUUGUUGCUUGUUUGUAGGGUCAGAACAUUGGCAGAGACGAAAUCGUUUCAAGUAUUCGAGAUAGAUGUCGAUAAAAGGGAGUUUAAGAAAGUUGACUGCUUAUAUGAUGUCGCCAUUUUUAUAGGCACUCAUUCAUCCUUUUCUACAGAGGUAUCUAUUGAUCAUGGUUGUAAACCUAACUCCAUCUAUUUUACGGAUGAUUAUAUGAUUAAAGGUACUAAUUGUUGGUAUAAAAUAAAGUUGGACAUCAUGGGGAAGGACAUGGGUGUUUACAAUCUAGCAGAUGGGACUAUUGAUCGUUGUUACAAUGGUCCUUCACAUUGUAGUAAAUACGCACCGUUUACAUGGUUUGAGGUUCCAACCUCAUGA